AUGCCCGGCACGGACAUAGCAUGCACCGCACCCAAGAGUUCGGAACCAAAGAUCCGUGUCUACUUCCAGCACAUGGAGAACGGUAUCAUAGAAAAGUGCUACGACAGCAAACACGGCUGGUAUGACGGAGCCGCCAAGUUCCCAAAGGCCCAACCCCGAACCCCCAUAGCUUGUACUAGUUAUAUGACUGGCUCGGACACUUUCGGAAUUCGGGUCUUCUUCAACGCCGCGAAUAUGGUGCUCGAGAUGGUUUACGAUGGCAUGUCUUGGACCAAAGGACAUUUUCAUACGGAUUGUAUCCCCGGAACCCAGAUUGCUUGCAUCAGCUGGAUGAAUGGUUCGCGCCCGGAUGUUCGCGUGUACUUCCAGGCUGGUCAUGAAAUAUCCGCAAUUACGGAGUAUGUGUGGACUCAGGGCCGUUGGUCGUCUGGGAAGCUUACGCUGCCUCCUGCGUAA